AUGCUGGAGAGCAAGUCAUUCGUCAGGAAAACAAAGCAAGGCAAAGUGGUGAGGGAACACUAUCUGAGAGAUGAUAUAUGUUGUGGAGCUCCAUUUUGCAAUGUGUGCGAUGUUUCAGCAGCGCGGUUGAGCUCCAAUGCCUCAUCUAUUGUCAUUGUCGACACUAAUGUUGUCCUCCAUCAAAUUGAUUUGUUGGAAAAUCUAGCGAUAGAGGACGUGGUGGUGCUAUCGGUAGUGUUGGAGGAGUUCAAGAACAAGAAUCUUGCUGUAUAUAAUAGACUUCGAGCUCUUUGCAGCAAUCCAAGGUUCAUCGUGUUUUCCAACGAAUACCACAAUUCCAUUCCUGAAGAGAACUUACUGUUCUAA